AUCACUUGAGAUGGAAAAAUAUAAAUAAAUUACUUUUUUUUUCUUUAAGUAAUGUUAAUGAUAAUAAAUAUUCCAUUUCAUUAAACAAGAAACAUAUGAAUUUUUCAAUGUCUAGCUUUUUUCUAUAUUUUCAUCUUAGAUUUAAAAAAUUUUGUUUCGACAUGUCGAAUUGCAGCUGCAACCUGCAGCUUCAAAAAAUUCAUAAUUAAUGAAUAAUAAAAUUUAUAUUUAUGUUCAGUGGCUUGAAUUCACAUUAUAAUUAAAGUUUCGACAUUUUUUUUAUUUUUCGGUUUUCUUUAUUUCACAUAAAAACUUUUUUUAUCGAAGAUUUCCGAUUUUUUAAUUAGUGAGGUUAAAUUAUGACUUUUUUUCUACUACGAGAUUGGCAACAAACCUUCAGAAUAUUUAAUUUUAAAAGAGUAGGUAACACUUCUAUACGUAUUUAUAAUUUACAUUUAAUUAUAUUGAUAGUAGUGUUACUAAUAACAUUUUUCUUAUAUACUUAUCUUCCAACAUUAAACGCGGGUUCUUACGAUAAUACGAAAAUUGUUACAUGUUUGGAAUAUUAUAAAUACAAUUCAACAUAUCCCCUUACUACUCCCAUAAAAACACCUUCGGGAAUAAGUUAUAGAAUUGCAAUUAUAACUGAUCUUGAUUUAGAGGCCAAAAAUCUUAUUCACAACUCGUGGGGAAGUUUUUUAAAAAAAGGGAGUCUUUUGUGGCAGCCUCACAAUGAUCACAUUUCUCUUAAUUGGGAUAAAGAUGAAACUUUACUUUCCUCCACUUUUGUGAUGAAUAAUAGGGGAAUGGAAUUAUCCGAACUUGUAACGUUUAAUGGUCGUCUAUUAAGCUUUGAUGAUAGAACUGGUAUUGUCUACAGUGUAGAAGAUGAAGCUUAUCCGUGGGUUAUAUUGAUGGAUGGUAAUGGUCGAAGUUCAAAAGGAUUCAAAUCAGAAUGGGCGACAGUAAAAAAUAAUUUACUAUACGUUGGUAGUAUAGGUAAAGAGUGGACUACGUCUUCUGGAAAAUUCACUCAUAAUAAUCCGAUGUGGAUCAAGACCAUUUCUCCACGUGGUGAAGUAAAAUCAAUUAAUUGGAUUGAAAAUUAUAAGAAACUGAGGCGAUCUAUCAAUAUAGAAUUUCCAGGUUAUAUGAUCCAUGAAUCAGGAGUAUGGAGUGAUAUUCAUAAAUGUUGGUUUUUCAUUCCUCGCAGAUGUUCUGUGAACCAAUACAAUGAAACUGAAGAUGAGAAAAUGAGCUGUAAUGUCUUACUCAAAGCAGAUGAGAACUUUAGUCAUGUUCAGGUAACGCAGUUAAAUAACUGGAUACCUAUCAGAGGUUUUUCUAGUUUCAAGUUUCUCCCUGGUUCUGAAGAUAGAAUAAUAAUCGCAUUAAAAACUGAAGAAUUUCAAAGUCAAACAGCAAGUUAUAUUACAGCUUUCACAAUUAAUGGCGCGGUGCUUAUGCCUGAUUUGAAAAUUGGUGAUUAUAAAUUUGAAGGAUUUGAAUUUGUAUAACUCACACUAAGAUUGUUAAUUAAAAAUGUUAAAUACGAAAAAAUCAAUAAAAUUAAUGAGUUAUAUUUAUUUACUAACAAUAAUAAAUACAUAAUUUAUGCGUUAUAAGAUGUUAUAGUGAUCCUUUAAAUAUAAUGCGAGAAUCAACUGAUACUUCCG